AUGGAACUAUUAUUAGAAUCCGAAUAUGGUCCCGACGGUAAAACCGAGGAGAAUAUGUUCAUAAAGCAGUUGCCCCUCCGACGUAAAUCAACACGCAGAAGUCUUGUUUUUGUUGCGGACCACGUUUCCAGUCCAAAGUCCUCUCCAUCUGCCAAUCUUCCUUGUUUUCGAGACACGGUUGAGCCUCAUGAACAGUGUGGAAGUCAGCCGCAUCGUGCUGAGGUGCCUGCAGUCAGUACUCCCGUGAAGCCACAAACCGGACAGUUUGAUGGAUCCUCAGAAAGCGCUGAUCUCAUGGAACGGUACGAGCGCGAAAUCGCCUCAUGGCACCUACUCCUUGAAUCCUCUGUCUCCAAAACUCCGAAUGAACCGAUAGAACUACCGCCUUGGGAGUGGAUAAAAAGUGAUAGAGUUUUAUCAGAUUAUCAGGAGCUUCUGCAACCCAUGUUUGAAACUAAUUUGACCGGCCUUGGUUUGGGUGAAAUAUCCGAACUCCAGUCACGUAUUUUAUUUGGCUUGAUGCAUCUUCGUGAAUUACUGGACACACAAGACAGGUUCUUAUUAAGUCUGCGCCGAUCAAUGCAGGCCAUUUGCACACAUGAACUCGGAUUAAAUAAAUCAAGAGACAUGCACGGCUCCACAGUGGGGGCCUUUCUUGCCUUACCACCC